ACGAACGAACAUUUAAAAAGCUUGAAUAGAUCACUUAAUGACAGAGAGAAGCGGCUUUACAGACAGUUUCUCCACGAUGCCUCCGAAGACCUCUCGUUCUCUGAGGAUGUGAUGUGGGAGAGGGGUGCAGGCUCCGUUCACGACAGCAAGGCUCAUUUUCGCUGGCUUUUCCGAGCCACUGGCCCCCUGGGUCCCCUCAGCAGACGUAAGAUCCAAAGAGAUGGUGCCCAUCGACAGCCUCACAAAAAGAGCAGGGAGAUGGCCCCACUGCAUCCCUCUUUACAAAUCACCUGCAUUAUUCCACUGACCCCCAAAGACUGUUUCACACUUCUCAGUCACCAAGAGACUACGUCGGACGUUAAUAGAACCACGGGGCAGCGACGGGUUUCACUUAUAUCCAGCGAUCUCAAAGAAAUCUUCACUGAGAACUGGGAGGACUGGACAAAUGACAGUUACUGGGACAAGUCGGCAGUUAAGACUCUGAUCUCGACGACAGUCCAGAGCAAACAGACACCAAGGCAAAAUGACUUGGCCAGAGUCAGUGAGCCUGAAAAGAAAGAGGACAUCGGUGUGGAUGAAUUCGGCCACCACCCUAGUGCUUCCGCAGAAUCAGAUGCCAUGCAAAGCAGCAGGGCCACAAUGUCACUGUUAGAAUACUACGGGCAACACAACCUGAACCCUCGGAGUGGAGCCCGCGUCUCUCACACGAAGAAUGAUAGAACGGGCCGGAUGAAGACAGGGUCACAUCGGUGGGUGAACGUCCCUGCCAAGGCCGACCACGCCGCUGAGACGACACCGGAGCCGGCAGACCACGGCAGGAAGGAGAUGAAGGUGCCCAAACAGAGGCACGGCUACGAGCCCAUGUCGGAAAAGGCCUUAAUACACAACGCCAUGGAAGAGUGGAGAAACGCUUGGAAAAUCAAAUGCUGUUGGCAGAGCGCCACCAUUGGAGGUCUGAGAAGCGCUCUGACUGACCUGCACUCCUACGUCCGUCUGCAGGCGAUCGUCUCAUGCGCUUUGGGGGCGGUCAACCGACCGGGGCAGGAACUGGGCCUAGAUCGUGCAGGUGAGUCUGUUUGUAAGAAAGGUCGCUCUUGGAAGAUGGAGGCUGUGCCCCCAGAGCUGAAGCCCUUGCUCCUGUCUGCUCUAAACGACCCCGUGAAACAGGUGCAGGUGGCCGCCGCCGUGUGCCAGUACGCAGCGGGCAUGCCCAACGACCGCGCCAGGGAAAUCCUGCGCGAUGCCAUUCUGCAAGAUUCCGUGGGCACGGGCGCGGACAGCUGCGUGGCGGCGCAGUGCCUGGCGAUGGAGGGAGACGCAGGUCAAGAGGUCAUCCAGAGACUCGUCUCUCAGCAUUUCUUUAGCGACAGCCGCUUGGGCCAGACGCAGACCGCAACCCUUCUCUCCAACAUUAGCAGUAAGGCGACUCUAGUGCGCUCUCUGCUGGCGGAAAAGUUGAACUGCACCAGCUGGAGGACCAGACUGUUAGCCUGCGGUACCAUAGCCCUGCUCAAAUGCUCGAUUAACAAGGACGUGGUGAACAAGCUCAUAUUCCUGAUGUGGAAUGACCUGAGGGCAGAGGUGCGACAGGUGGCAGCACAGGCCCUGCUGAAACUGGGCAUGGACGCAGAACUAUACAACGAGCUACGAGCUAAGCUGGAGGACGGUCCGAAUUCCCUGCGGGUGGAGGCUCUGAUUCUGAUUGGUCAGCUGAGAAUAAUGAAGGCCAAGCUGCUGUCUCUCUUUCUGAACUGCUUUAAAGAUGUCUGUAUGGCAGUGCGUCACCAGGCGUGCCUCACCGCGGAAACGCUUGAGAUGAAGCACCCAGUGGUUUUAAAGCGAUUGACUGAGCUGAUGCAGAAUGACUUUUCAGGGCAAGUAAAAGCCGCUGCUAUUCAAGCUCUGGGGAAGAUUGGCCAACUGAGCUCCACUCUGCAGGAGCUGCUCCUGCGUGCCCUGGACAGUGAGGGGGAGCCGCGGGUUCGAACCGCAGCCUGUCAGGCCAUCAAGAGUUUACACGUGAAAGGGCCGGAGCUGGAGAGGCUGCUCUUGGAGAGAUUUGAGCUGGAAACAAACCCUGUGGUUCGCAGGCACAUUAAGGAACUCAUUAAAAGUUCUGGAUACAGUCCUGAAGGAGACAGUGCCAGGACCCUGAACAUCAAAAAUCAGGUACGAGAUGGACCCUCACGAAAACAUGCGACCCAGUAG